AUGCAGCCGCCACCUUCGACGUCGAAACCGCUCACCAGCCUUCCAGGCACUGGAAUUCAAAGAGAAUUGCCGCCCAAUUCGGCGCCCUAUCAGUUGUUUCAGCCGUUUUAUAAUGGCUAUUUUCCUCCAGCAGAAGCCGCUUUUCCAGCGCUAUUCCCUAUCAGCGAUCCACAAUCGUCGACAAGUCAGCAGCAGAUGUUUGCAUCCCAAAUUCAAGCCCAAGUUUUUUCCAUGUACAUGCAGCAACAUCAGAAUUCGCAGCCAUCGCGAAGCACAACAACAGCGCCGCAUGAAAGCCGUAUGAUUGUGAAAUGCGAGAUGGUGGAAGACAGAGAUUCUGGCAAUGAAUCAGGACUUUCGCCGACACAAACAGAUUCGUCGAUCAUAUCAUCGCGCUCGCCGUCCAGUUCUUCCAGAAACAGUACCUAUAAGGGAUAUGCGAUACAAAAUCUGCUCGGCGGCGAAAAGGAGAACAGCGGAGUUUCGCUCAAGGAAUCGCCGAAUACCGAUAAAAACAGUUCGAUUGAUUCUGACUCGAUGUCAGACGCCGAAAAGUCGACGAUGUUCACACCGAAAAUGCGCAAGUUGUCGCCGUUCGCGAAAACCGCCCGCGAUUCGCCAUAUCAGAUUAUGAAUCAGCCGGUGCUCUCGACGCAUUAUGGAUUCUCGCCGACAAUCCAGCCGACAUUUUUUCCGCCGUUUUCCGCGUUUCCAUCGCCGAUCGGAACCGGAAUGAAGCUAGCGAGUGAGCCGGAAGUGAUGCGAAUCGGAGGGCGAGAAAUGUGCGUGGUGUGCGGCGACAACGCCAGCGGCUAUCACUACGGUGUGAUGAGCUGCGAGGGAUGCAAAGGCUUCUUCAGAAGAACUGUCCAAAAGAAAAUGGCCUACAUUUGCCAUCGCAACAAUGAUUGCAAGGUUGAUCGAAUUUCGCGAAAUCGCUGCCAAUUCUGCCGAUUCCAAAAAUGCGUGCGAAUGGGAAUGAACAAGGAGCAAGUCAGAAUUCAAGACAGGAAAGCGCCCUCGAUCGAAGCGUUGAGAUAUGAGGAGAAUGCUGAGGAGUAUCAGAUCGCUGAAGUGCAGUUCGCGUUCCUUUCCGCUUUUCCACAAGAGAAUUACAUCACCGACGAGAAGGCGGCCAAACAAACUGUCAAGGAUUUUGUGUCGAAGAUGAAAUGCUUCGAAGUGUACCGGACUUCUGAUGGGUUUGAAGAGAAGAUUGAAAGUGUCACUGACAAGGUGAUGCUCCUCCGAGCCGCCUACUCCCUCGACCCCGUCACCUACUUGAAUCCGUCGCCAACAUCAUUAACCGAACUGCGGGAUGGCAUUCGGAACACGGUUCUCAAUCCAGACGAGCUCGCACUUCUCUCGUCGAUUCUAGUCGCCUACGAAUUUACCGGAAAAUCGAAAGAAGAUCAAGUGAUUCAAAAGUUGUUCCGCUGCUUGCGAAUCGUUUUGAGUCGCGCGAAAGCCUCGAACGGCGAGCCGCAAGUAUUCGAGAAACUCGUCCAAAAGCUCGACACACUGUUUUAA